AUGACGGACAAACUCCCGCCCAUGCUGCUGCAGCUGUUCGCUCCGCGUCCGCCGUUGCGCUGGGUCGAACCUGCAGACCACGCGCCUGAGAAGCGCCAGACACCUAACAUUGGUGGCAUUGGACAAUACAUGCAGGCACUGAGAGAAUACAAGGAUAAUGACGGCUACGUGCCUUCGGACAGCUGGCUACAAAAGCGUGACCGCAGGAAGCUCGAGAAAAAGGAGCGCCAGGAGAAGCUCCUCACUGAAGGUGUCAAGGACUACAAACCUCAGGAGGAUCCCAAAGUCCAGGGCGACGCUUUCAAAACACUCUUCGUUUCGCGCCUCAAUUACACCACCACCGAGGAAGAUUUGGAGCGCGAAUUUGGUCGCUAUGGUCCCAUCGAGCGCAUACGCAUCGUCGAGAACAUCAAAGCAGAACCCAAUGCAUCGCUCAAGAAACGCAAGCGCGGAUAUGCCUUUAUUGUAUACGAGCGCGAGAAGGACAUGAAGGCUGCAUACAAAGAGACAGAUGGCAUGAGGAUCAAGGAUCGCAAAGUUACCGUCGAUGUCGAACGCGGUCGCACUGUAUCCGGCUGGCGACCCCGCCGUUUCGGUGGCGGUCUUGGUGGACGGAACUACACUAAGCAAGCUGCUGCUCGCCCUGGAGGUGGAGGUUUCGGCGGCCCUCCAGCUGGGCCAGGUAGUUUCGGUGGUCGACCAGGCGGCUUUGGGGGUGGACGAUUCGCUGGUGGCGGUGGUCGAGGCGGAGGAUUCGGCGGUGAUCGAGGAGGUGGCUUCCGUGGUGGGUUCGGAGGCGGUGGUCGAGGCGGUGGUGGUGGUGGUGGUGGUGGUGGUGGUUACGGAGGUGAUCGCCGCGGCAUUGGAUUUCAAUCCAACGGGUACGGACCACCAGAUGGCGCCCCGGCCGGUCCUCGCGGCCCCCGUGACUUUGGCGGAGGCGGAAGUGAUCGCGGCGGUGGUGAUCGCAGCGGAGGGGGCCGUGACCGAGGCGAUCGACGCGACUACGGCGGUAGAGGAUCCAGUGGUGCGAACAACGAGCCUCUGGGCAGCCGAGAUCGAUACCGCGAGCGUGAUCGCGAUGGUGGGUAUGGCGGCCGAGAUGACUCCGGUUCAAGGAAGCGUGGCUACGAAGGCGACAGCUACGAUGAUCCCCGACAGCGCCGGAGGUACUAA